AUGUCUGGGCUUUCUUCUUGGGCUUUGGACUUGCCCCUUGCUCAAGGUAAGCAUAUCAGUAUUGUGGAAGUCGUCGAAGGGCUGGUAGCUAAUGAGGCUGCAAUUGAGGAGGAUGAUGCUCUAGAGGGCUCAUCUGGUGAGAUGGCGAUAGAGGCCGUGGAGCAGGCAGUUGAGGCUGCUGAGCAAGUGGCUAAAUAG